CCCGCUGCCGCCGGCCGCGCGCCAUGGACGAAGGAAGAGCGCGCGAUCGCGCUCCACUCACGGUUAUAGUCGCCCCGAGCAACGCCUCACCACCCAGACUGUCACCUGCGGACCUGCUGCCCGAUGGAGACGCGGCGUUUCACCCUCUGUCCGCAGUGAACGGGCGCCUGACCCCGCCGGGGCUCGAGCCAGCAUCGUACGCGACGCUUACCCCUCUGCUCCCACUGCCGCCGAUAAGCACUGUCUCGGACAAGUUCGCGUACCACGCCGGGGGUACGUUCACAGUAAUCCAGCAGCAGCAGUCGUAUGCGUCCCUCUCACCGACUGCUUACAAUGAGCCUCUGUCACCACAGUCAGCGUACAGCAGGCGGAGUGCAUCGCCGAACUCAUUCGAAAGGCGAUCUCCCACGCCGCCAUUACCGAGUCCAGGGCUGGACUUGAACGCGGCGUUGCUUGCCAGGGAGGAGCAGCAAGCACAACAACAACAGCAACAAGCUCAGACAGAUACAGAAGAAAUAAAUACAAAAGAAUUAGCUCAGAGGAUAAGUGGGGAAUUGAAGAGGUACUCGAUCCCUCAGGCGAUAUUUGCUCAGAGGGUGCUGUGUAGAUCCCAGGGGACGCUGAGUGACCUGCUGAGGAACCCGAAGCCCUGGUCGAAGCUCAAGUCUGGAAGAGAGACGUUUAGGAGGAUGUGGAAAUGGCUUCAGGAGCCGGAGUUCCAGAGGAUGUCGGCACUGAGGCUGGCAGCGGCCCAGAUCCCACAGAGAGGCAGAGACAGCCGCAUAUGUUGCAAGCGCAAGGAGGAUUUGGGUUCGGAUAUGGCUUCCCCGAAGAAACCGCGUUUGGUUUUCACAGACCUCCAGCGGCGUACUCUACAGGCUAUUUUUAAGGAAACAAAAAGACCAUCAAAAGAGAUGCAAGUAACAAUAGCGAGACAAUUAGGACUAGAGCCUACAACAGUGGGCAACUUCUUCAUGAACGCAAGAAGACGGUCGAUGGACAAGUGGAAGGAUGACGACGCGCCAAACACAGAUCUGGACCAGCAGUGUGAACCUCAUGACCUGGACAGGGUUCCUAGUCUUGAUUCAGCAGAAUCUGAGGAAGACCACGAUGACCACGAUGACCAUCUUUUGUGACGCCGUCUUCCCCAUCAGCAGCUUCUCGUACUAUGAGAAUCGCUUGUUUUGGGCUCCGAACUGUCUGUCUCCGUUGUUGAGAGGGAUAAGUACUAAUUUCUUUUUAUUUUUGUCGGGUUCUGGUCAGGUUUUGUACGCUGAUCUACUUGGUCUUUUAUGAAAUCUAAUGCUGUAGAUUUCAAUUAAUUUCUAUCAGCAAUAAAUGGGAUUUUGUCUUGAAUAUUUCUUAACCGCUGGUUCAAAGAUUUUUACAUUUUUCUAUCUUGCUGUUCCAAUUUUUAAUGUUAAUUUACAAUUAGUUCAUCAUUUUCAAAAUUUUCGGGGCCCUUAACAAAAAUAAGUUAAAUAUAAAAGUGUACAGUCAAAACUUACGUGAAUAGUGCGACGCCGAAGCCGUUUUAGAUAAAGUUUAGUUGUUAGCCACUGGGUGGCGCUACUAUGUCGAAGAUCGAGAGAUUUGUCGGUAGACAAUCGAUUUCCUAAUCGAUUAGCUAAGGUUGUCAGUAAUCGAUUGAAAGUGUGUGAGGAAAGUGAAACAGGUCAUUGCUAUGAUUAGUAAUUUUUAGGCAAUUAGGAAUGUUUUUUCUACGAGAAUGACUGAAGCGAAACAGGAAAUUGUAAAAGCCUCCUCACCACUUUAUCGACAAGUCUAUCGAUAAAAUAAUAGUGUUGCGCCCCAGAUUGAUCUCUAUAUCAAACGUUUCUAGUCAAACGUGAACUAAAAUAGUUAACAUUUAGUUUUUAUUUUAGAACGACAAUAUGUAUUUUUUAGCGUAACACAAUCACUUUGGAUUUAGGCGUCUGAUUGAUUCAAAGUCAUAUAAAAAUUCACAGCUCGGUUUUAGUGCAAUAAAAAACACAAUUUUCUUGUAUUUUCAUAUAAGUGUAAGGUAAAAAAAGAAGUAUUAUUAAGUAUGAAUAAAUGUUAACACAAAAUGGCGCCUCUAUUCAAAGUCGAUUGUCAUUAGAUAACUGUAAACAAUAAAACAAUGGAUCUUUUUAACGUAGAGUGAAUAUCCGAUGAAAUCGGAUCGAAGUAAUAAUAUUUAAAUAAGGGAUACGUUACAUGAUUUAAAAGCUACAUUUGGUUAUUUAUUUUUUGGAUAAAACUUAUCGAUUAACUAAACAUUGCGGGUUACUCACGUGAAAGUACUGAGAAAAGCUCUACUAGUUUCGAACCACAGAGGGGUUCUUCCUCAUGA